AUGCCUUCAAAAAUACAUCAAAUAACAAGAUCCAUUUACAUAAGGAGAAUUAUGUAUUUUAGAUUCAAAUUUAUAAUUAUAUUAUUACUAUCUUCAAUUAUUGCAUCAAUAUUGAUUCUUAAUACAAACGAUAGUUCAAAUAUAAACCAAGACUCUCUAAUAACGUCUUCUUGGCAACAAACUACAAGCUAUUUAGGUUUCCAAAAUAAAAAAAUACAUUCCAAAAAAGAGCUAUCGAAAUUAGAUCUUACUAACAUUUUAUUGGGAAGACCUAUUAAUAAAUUUCCAAUCCCACAAGAUGAUGAUAUUGCAAAUUACGAUGAAUUUAAGUUCACUGGGUUCAUAACAAAUUUAAAUGUAAAAAAUUUAAUAGCUUCUAAAAAAUCAGAUGUUAAUUCAAAAGAUUUAUUAUCGAAAGAUGGUAGACCAGUUGCCGUUAAAGAUAUGGAAAUGAUGUUCUCUAGUUAUUAUGGAUCUAUAGUAACUUGUGAAGAUUUGGCUUAUCCUUCGAAGGUUUUAUAUUCUUCCGAAAGAAAAAUCAUAUCUGAUGACUUAGUCUCUUUAAGACAAGAAAUUAUUAGUAAAAACAAUGACCUAUCCAAAGCAGUGGUUAAUGAUAAUGAAAAAGGUAGAGAUGAGAGCGAUAUUGUUAGGUCGAAUUGGUACAGAUUUGGUUCAUCUAGCGUUUGGUUGGAAAAGGAACAAUGUUAUAUAACUGUUACUAGACUAAUGUAUUCUUAUCAAGGUAAGAAAGAAGGUCCUGAUGUUUCGGUUAUUCGUGCACAGGCAUUUGAUAGAAAUUGGAAUGAAUUAUAUAAUAAACGCAUUCCAAAACUAGAUUUUAAGAUGCCAAAAAAUGUAGAAAAAGAGUUAGAAAAAAUUGAUACCGAAUUGGGGUUAUCCCCAGACUUUUGUAACCAACUUAUCAAAUCACCAACUGAAUAUGAUAAAUGUAUCAUAGAACAAAAUAAUAAUCUUUUGAAAAACCAAAAGACAAAAGAGCGCAUAUUGGACAAAUAUUUUGUUACUUAUCCAACGGUUUAUAAUAUAGACUACAAAUUGAAAGGGAGAUUCUCAGGUUCAGAAGAUCCUAGAAUCAUUUUGAAGACAGGUAAAAAUAAUGAGCCUGAUGAACCAAUUGUUAUAUUUAAUAUGCAUGAUCAAGGAAGUAGAAGGUUAUAUGGAUAUUUUCCACAUCGUUCAGUGGAUACAGUAAUUAAAUUCGAAAUUCAAAAUGAUGAAAUGAAAAAUCGAGAAAAAAAUUGGGCCCCAUUCUUCACAGAUCAAGAUAGUUCCUCAGAAUUAUCGCGUGGUUCAAUUCACUUUAUUUACACUUUUAUGCCUUUAGAAAUUUUAAAAUGCUCCUUGAAUGAUGGUAGUUGCAAUAAGAUCUUCUCCAAAAAAACACUAGAACUUUCAGAUAAAGCAAAUUUUGGUGGGGUACGUGGAGGUACGCAAUUUGUCCCUUUACCUUCGGUUAUUCCAAGGAUUCCAGGUAAACAAAUUUGGUUAGGGUUUUCAAAGCUACAUAUAGAUGAUUGUGGCUGUGGCAAAAAGUUCUAUAGGCCGAUGUUAAAUUUAUUGGUAGAAGAAAAAGGAAUAUACCAUCAAGAGUUAAUUGGUCCUUCGAUGGACUUUAAUACAGAGGUAUUGGAUUGGAAUACAACUUCCUAUGAAUGUAGUUUCUAUAACGUCAUGUCUCCCAAUUCGAUUGCUUUCUGGGAUAUUAUAUCACAAGAUCCAGAAAAUGGAACGUUUAAUGAUUUACUAGUUUUCACAUAUAGUGAAGCAGACGAAAUAUCGAAAGUAGUGAAUAUUAAAGGAAUUUUAGACUAUAUUUUAAAUGUUUAUUCUCAAAAGGAUAUUGAAGAAGAUUUUACCCCAACAAAAGAUCUAGAAGUGGUUUUAGGGAAAACCUUAGAUUGCAUUAGGGACUAUAGUUAUAAGGUCUGUGCUAACUAUGGUGAGGCUCAUUCUGGUGAUACUAAAGGGAAAUAA